AUCGCGGAGAUGAUGAUGGGCGUGUGAGCAGAGCACUGAAAUCACACACACACACACACACACACCGGGGACCAGUGGUAAUGCGCUCAUGGGAUCUGCGCAGGCGGAGAUGGGGAAAUGUCCAGAACAGGACACUGGAAAUUCUGUCCAGACACACAUCACUUCUUCCAACAAAGAUAUGCAGGACAACGUGAACAGGUACACUCUUGGCUGGCUGAACGCACCUCCAAACGCUUGCUGCUUCUGCUGGUGCUGUUGCUGUAGCUGCUCCUGUCUUACAGUAAGACCUUCUAAGGUGGAAAAGACUCAGGAGGAGACGAUACAUGAAAAACUAAAUGAAGCUAAAGUUGAAGAACCAACUGGUCCAACACUAGAGGAGGCCCAUUCAUGGGCAAAAUCAUUUGAGCACUUAAUCAAGAGCCCAAAUGGCCGGUCCAGUUUCCGUCAGUUCCUUAAGACUGAGUUCAGUGAGGAGAACCUGAUAUUCUGGCUGGCCUGUGAGGAGCUGAAGAAAGAGACCAACAGAACUGUGGUGGAACAGAAAGUUAAGCAAAUAUAUGAGGACUACGUCUCUGUGCUGUCACCAAGAGAGGUGAGUCUGGAUGCGCGUGCACGGGAGGUGAUUAGCAAGAACAUGCUGAAUCCGUCCUCACAAACCUUUGAUGAGGCCCAGCAGCAAAUAUACACACUCAUGCAGCGAGACUCAUAUCCUCGUUACAUGAACUCCAGUGUUUAUGCAGACCUUAUUGCAAGUUUGGAAACGACUAAAACAGCUGAGGAGUCCUAA